AUGGCUGCUCUCGCAGCUGAAGGUGUACUCGAAAGCGAUGGCUGGGAUCAAGACGAGCUCUCCGAAAUGAAGGGUUUGCUUCAGCGAGCGGAACGACGCAUGAGAAAGCUAGAUCCAGCCGGCAAGCAUACUAUGAAAGCUACAAACUCGUACAGAUUACCCAAGUUGAUUCCAGGCCCCAUAGCGCAACCAUACACAACCUCGAACGAUGGCAUUGCUCGAGCAGACCGGACCCGACUCGUUAAUGACAAAGACAGGCAGAUUACCGCCCGCCAAGUUGAAGAUCUCGUCAAGGUGAAAGAGAGAACCAAGAAGGAGCUGCCAACCGCGGGACCAGGCUGGUUCGACAUGCCGCGGACAAGAUUAAGCUCAGAAUUGAAAUCCGAUAUGAAACUCCUCAAGCUACGCAAUGUGCUAGAUCCACAUCGGCACUAUCGUUCUGACAAUAUCAGGGCUUUGGCGCCAGAAUUCUCCCAAAUAGGUCAAAUCAUCGAAGGUCCAACCGAAUACUACAGCUCGCGGCUACCCAACAAGGAGCGUAAGAGGACACUUGUUGGGGAGAUACUGGCCAAUGAGAAAUACACGGGUCGCUUCAAGAAAAAGUACAAUGAGAUUCAAGCAUCGAAGACGAGUGGGAAAAGAGCGUACUACAAGAAGUUGAAGGAGAAGAGAUCUGGGGGCAUACGCAAACUCUGA